AUGGAGGGCGUUGAGACUUUGAUGAACAAAGCUGUACAAGAUGGCACUAUACUCGGGGCCGUGCUCCUUGCAAAGGAUAAAUCAGGAAAUGUGAAUUACUACAAUGCCUUCGGUAGCAGGACGGUCGUGCCGGAAGAGAAGCCCAUGGAGAAGGACACUAUCUUCCUUAUGGCAUCGAUGACCAAGCUCAUGACCACCAUCGCAGCCCUCCAAGUUGUCGAGCGCGGGCUCAUCAAGCUCGAUGACGACGUCACGGGGCUUCUCCCGGUGUUGGCCAAGCAGGAGGUCCUGACCGGCUUCUCGGAGGACGGGAAGCCCACAGUGGAGAAGAGGCGGAAACCCAUCACCCUCCGCCAGCUUCUGACACACAGCUUCGGCGGUGCUUACGACUUUCUCAGCCCGGAUAUUGUCAAGUACAGGGAGUACCACAAAAUCCCCGAAGGCCCGCGCACCACCAUUGACGAGGCCUUCGGCACGCCGCUCCUGCACCAGCCCGGCGAAGGCUGGCUUUACGGGCCGGGGCUCGACUGGGCGGGCCAGGUUGUAGAGAAGCUGACGGGCACCACGCUGGAGGAGCACAUGCAGCAGAACAUCUGGGGCCCGCUCGGCCUGCGGGACAUCACCUUCUGGCCGGAGGCGCGUGCCGACAUGCAGCCGCGCCGGGCCGCCAUGGCGAUCCGGGACGCGGCGACGGGCAAGGCCGUGCAGUCGCGCAAGCCCAUCAACAUCAGCGCCGGGCUCACGCAGGCCGCCGGCGGGCAGGGCGCGUUCGCGGGCCUGGCCGACUACCUCGAGAUCCUGCGCUCGCUGCUGGUCGACGACGGGCGGCUGCUGCGCCGCGCCACGACCGAGGCCAUGUUCCGGCCGCAGCUGUCGCCCGCGGCCAAGGCGGCGCUGCUCGCCAACUUCAAGCACCCGGAGUGGGCGGUCGGGCACUUCCCCGACACCGAGGAGUACGACUGGGGUCUCGGGGGUAUCCUGAUCGACGGGGACAAGCACCCGUUCCGCAAGCGGAAUGCCAUGUUAUGGAGUGGCAAUGCUAAUUUGUCUUGGUUCCUUGACCGUACCGCAGGGGUUUGUGGUGUGUUCGGCACCCAAUUACUACCACCUGCGGACCCGCAGAUCGAGGAGCUGAUCAAGGCCUUCGAAGAAGGGGUGUAUAGUCUAUCAGGAGCAAAGACUAAACUGUAA